AUGUUCGUUUCUCAUUAUCAAGUCUCAUGGAGCCUUUGCUUACGGCUAAACAGGUAUCGCCCUCGGCCAGACGCGGCAGACGGCGGUGUCAAGACGCCGUUACAGCCAAAAUCUGUGAACGCCCUCGAUCGCCUCGCCAAACCAUUCAAAUGUCCAGGCACUGCAACGCCCACUCGAGCAUCCGUCAAACCAGCAAGGAAAAGGCGCAAGGUUAACUAUGCAGACGCGGACGGUAGCGUGGAGGAUGGAGCAGAGAAGGCGUACACAAAUGAUGAUCGACUCGCAUUGGCGACCCGAGAAGUGAAUAAGUUUCCCGUGUUCAAGCCCAAGGACAAAGACGCAGCCUUCAGGCAGAGAUUCCGAAUCCCGUUGCUCAACAAGGACACGGGCGAAUACGACCCCGGCCGAGCUGCUCCCACCUUGGGCAUGCGACAAGGCGCGACAUUUGUCGCCAAACCACUGCAUGACCCGAGCGGAGAAUUUGCGAUUGUGCUAUACGACCCGACUGUCGACGAUAUCCCCGAAGAGCCCAAACCCACGGACUCGGAAGCACCCAAGGAAGAGGCCGAACAGAAAUUGGAUGAGCCUCUGGUACAUAAAAGCCUGGCAGAUAUUCUUGGUAUAAAAAAGAAGGUGGAAGGGAGACCAAAGGUGCCCGUUGUUAUCGAUCCGAGGCUGGCCAAGGUCCUUCGGCCACAUCAAGUAGAGGGAGUUAAAUUUCUGUAUCGAUGCACGACAGGCUUGAUUGAUAAGAACGCAAAUGGCUGCAUCAUGGCAGAUGGGAUGGGGUUGGGAAAAACUCUUCAAUGUAUCUCAUUGAUGUGGUCAUUGCUUAAACAAGACCCAGAGGCUGGGAGAACAACUAUUCAGAAAUGUGUGAUUGCAUGCCCAUCCAGUUUGGUCGGCAACUGGGCGAAUGAAUUGACUAAAUGGUUGGGGAAGGAUGCUACUACUCCUUUUGCCAUUGACGGAAAAGCCUCCAAGGCCGAACUCACUCUUCAAAUCAAGCAGUGGGCAAUUGCAUCGGGGCGAAGUGUUGUGAGACCUGUUCUCAUCGUUUCCUAUGAAACACUUCGCAUGUAUGUGGAGGCACUAAAGGAUACGCCUAUUGGGCUGCUUUUGUGUGACGAGGGCCAUCGACUCAAAAAUAAGGAAAGCUUGACGUGGACGGCUUUGAAUAGUCUUAACGUCAGUCGUCGCGUCAUUCUCUCCGGAACGCCUAUCCAGAACGAUUUGUCGGAGUAUUUUGCUCUACUUCACUUUGCCAACCCCAACUUGCUGGGUUCCCAGAAUGACUUUCGCAAAAGAUUUGAGCUCCCGAUUCUUCGAGGACGAGACGCAGCCGGUACAGAAGAAGACCGCAAGUUGGGCGACGAACGUCUCCUGGAACUGUCUGGCAUUGUCAACAAAUUCAUCAUCCGCCGAACUAACGACAUUCUAUCUAAGUACUUGCCUGUCAAGUAUGAGCAUGUCGUUUUCUGCAACAUGUCUAAGUUCCAACUCGAUCUAUACAAUCACUUCAUUCAGAGUCCUGAAAUCCGGAGCCUGCUCCGAGGAAAGGGAAGUCAGCCUUUGAAGGCGAUUGGUCUUUUGAAGAAGCUUUGCAAUCACCCAGAUCUCCUCAAUUUGGCAGUAGAUCUUCCAGGAUGCGAGUACACGUACCCCGAAGACUUCACACCUCCAGAUGCGCGAGGCCGCGACAGAGAUGUCAAAAGCUGGUACUCUGGAAAGAUGAUGGUGCUCGAUCGCAUGCUUGCACGCAUUCGCCAGGAUACUAAUGACAAGAUCGUUCUCAUCAGUAACUACACCCAGACCCUUGAUCUAUUUGAGAGGCUUUGCCGAUCGCGUGCCUAUGGCUGUCUGCGGCUGGAUGGAUCGAUGAGCAUCAAGAAGCGAUCAAAACUGGUUGACAAGUUCAACGACCCCGAUGGGGAGGAAUUUGUCUUCCUCCUCAGCAGCAAGGCCGGUGGAUGCGGUCUCAAUCUAAUCGGCGCCAACCGACUCGUCCUCUUCGAUCCAGACUGGAACCCAGCCGCUGACCAACAGGCGCUGGCUCGGGUUUGGCGAGACGGACAGAAGAAAGACUGCUUCGUCUACCGAUUCAUCGCCACCGGAUCAAUUGAGGAGAAGAUCUUCCAGCGCCAGUCACAUAAGCAAUCUCUCUCAUCCUGCGUCGUAGACUCAGCCGAAGACGUGGAGCGUCACUUUUCCCUGGAGUCGUUACGAGAGUUGUUCCAGUUUAAACCCGAGACUCGCAGCGAUACACACGACACAUUCAAGUGCAAGCGCUGCCGCGAGGAUGGCACACAAUUCGUCAAGGCACCCGCCAUGCUCUACGGUGACACGAGCUCUUGGAACCAUUUUGUCAAUAACGGAGACCAGGGCCCGCUUUCUAAGAUUCAGGAUCUGCUCAUACGGCAGGAAACCAGCGAAAGGGAUGUCUCAGCUGUUUUCCAGUAUAUCAGUCAUUGA